ACCCUGCCCCGCCCCUCCUUCCCUCCGCCAUGAGCGCAGAGCAGCGGUGCAAGGACAGAGGCCCGGGAGCAGCCAUGGGCCCUGGAGGAGUGCGGCUCCUUGGGGCCUGGUGGUCCCCGUCGCUCCUGCUUCUGCUCUUUACGGGAGGCUUGGCCCAGGACUCCCCACCCCAGAUCCUCGUCCACCCCCAGGACCAGCUGCUCCAGGGCCCUGGCCCCGCCAGGAUGAGCUGCCGAGCCUCAGGCCAGCCGCCCCCCACCAUCCGCUGGCUGCGGAAUGGGCAACCCCUGAGCAUGGUGCCCCCAGACCUCCACCAUCUCCUUCCUGAUGGAACCCUCCUGCUGCUGCGACCCCCCACCUGGGGCCGUGCCCACGAUGGCCAGGCCCUCUCCACAGACCUAGGCGUCUACACGUGUGAGGCCAGCAACCCCCUGGGCACGGCGGUCAGCAGAGACGCUCGGCUGUCUGUGGCCGUCCUGCGGGAGGAUUUCUUGAUCCAGCCUCGGGACACAGUGGCCGUGGUGGGCGAGCAGAUGACAUUGGAGUGUGGUCCCCCGUGGGGCCACCCAGAGCCCAUGGUCUCCUGGUGGAAGGAUGGGAAACCCCUGACCCUACAGCCAGGGCGGCACAUGGUGUCCAGGGGUUCCCUGCUGGUGGCAAGAGCAGAGAAAAGUGACUCUGGAACCUAUAUGUGUGUGGCCACCAACAAGGCCGGGCAGCGGGAGAGCCGGGCAGCCAGAGUGUCUGUCCAGGAGCCCCAAGAUUAUAAGAAGCCCCUGGAGCUCUUGGCUGUGCGCAUUCAGCUGGAAAAUGUGACCCUGCUGAAGCCUGACCCUGCAAAGGGCCCCAAGCCUGGGCCUACUGUGUGGCUCAGCUGGAAGGUGAGCGGCCCGGCCGCACCUGCGCAGUCCUACACAGCCUUGUUCAGGGCCCAGCCAGUGGCAGGAGACCAGGGGGCUCCGUGGGCAGAGGCCCCGCUGGCCGGCUCGCAGAGCGCAGAGCUUGGGGGCCUGCACUGGGGCCAGGACUACGAGUUCAAGGUGAGACCAUCCUCCGGCCGGGCGCGAGGCCCCGACAGCAACGUGCUGCUUCUGAGGCUUCCAGAACGAGUGCCCAGUGCCCCUCCCCGGGAGGUGACCCUGAAACCUGGCAACGGCAGCGUCCUAGUGAGCUGGAUCCCACCACCUGCUGAGAACCACAAUGGUGUCAUCCGUGGCUACCAGGUCUGGAGACUGGGCAACACCUCAAUGCCCCCGGCCAACUGGACCGUGGCAGGCGAGCAGACCCAGCUGGAGAUCGCCACCCGUGUGCCAGGCUCCUGCUGUGUGCAAGUGGCCGCUGUCACCGGUGCUGGGGCUGGAGAGCCCAGCAACCCUGUCUGCCUCCUUUUAGAGCAGGCCAUGGAGCGUGCUGCCCAAGAACCCAGUGACCAGGGGCCCUGGAGCCUGGAGCAGCUGAGGGCCACCCUGAGGCGGCCGGAGAUCAUUGCCAGCGGCGCCGUCAUGCUCUGGCUGCUGCUGCUGGGCAUUGCCGUGUGUGUCCAACGCCGGCGCCGAGCUAGGGUGCACCUGGGCCCAGGUCUGUACAGAUAUACCAGUGAAGAUGCCAUCCUAAAACACAGGAUGGAUCAGACCGACUCUCCCUGGCUGGCGGACACUUGGCGUUCCACCGCCGGCUCUCGGGACCUAAGCAGCAGCAGCAGCCUCAGCAGCCGGCUGGGAGUGGACCCCCGGGACCCAUUGGACGGCCGUCGCUCCUUGAUCUCCUGGGAGCCCCGAAGCCCCGGCGUGCCCCUGCUUCCGGACACCAGCACUUUUUAUGGCUCCCUCAUUGCCGAGAUACCGUCCGGCCCCCGGGCCCGGCCGAGCCCCCAGGCCCCAGCUGCCAGGCGCCUCCCUCCCCAGCUGGCCCGGCUCUCCAGCCCCUGGCCCAGCUCAGACAGCCUCUGCAGCCGCAGGGGAGUGUCCUCCCCUCGCUUGUCUCUGGCCGCUGCAGAGGCUUGGAAAGCCAAAAAGAAGCAGGAGCUGCACCAGGCCAACAGCUCCCCGCUACUCCAGGCCAGCAACCCCAUGGAGGUCUGGGCCUGGGACUUGGGGGGUAGAGGCUCCAAGAACCUUUCCCAAAGUCCAGGAGCUGUGCCUCGAGCUCUGGUUGCCUGGCGGGCUCUGGGACCCCAGCUCCGCAGCUCCUCAAAUGAGCUGGCUACUCGCCCUCUGCCCCCUACACCACCCUCUCCUCAUGGAACCCCCACUAGGACGCAACAUACCCAGCACUCAGUGGAACCCCAAGCUCCCUCCCUUCUCCCACUGCCAGCAGCCCCCAUCCCCAGCUCCAUCUCCUCCAGUCCUCCCAGCCCUCCCAGCCCCCAGCCCUCUUCCCUCUCUGGUCCUAGUCCAGCUUCCAGUCGCCUGUCCAGCUCUUCACUAUCAUCCCUGGGGGAGGAUCAGGACAGUGUGCUGACCCCUGAGGAGGUGGCCUUGUGCCUGGAGCUGAGUGAGGGUGAGGAGACCCCCAGGAACAGUGCCACUCCUGUGCCAAGGGCUCCCUCACCCCCCAUCACCUAUGGGUACAUCAGCAUCCCAGCAGCCUCAGAGCUAGCAGACAUGGGCAGGGCUGCAGGAGGGGUAGGGACAGAGGCAGGUGGCCUGCUGUGUCCACCUCGGCCCUGCCCCACCCCCACCCCCAGCGAAGGCUCCUUGGCCAAUGGCUGGGGCUCAGCCUCUGAGGACAAUGCCCCCAGCACCAGAGCCAGCCUUGUCAGCUCCUCAGAUGGCUCCUUCCUCGCCGAUGCCCACUUUGCCCGUGUCCUGGCAAUGGCUGUGGAUAGCUUUGGCUUUGGUCUGGAGCCCAGAGAGGCAGACUGUGUCUUCACUGGCAUCUCUACCUCCCUGACAGAUGCCUCAUCUCCUCCUUCCCCCCGAGAUGACCUCUUUCUGACCUCUGCGCUAUCCCUGCCCAUGUGGGAGUGGAGGUCAGACUGGUUGGAAGAUAUGGAGAACAAUCACACCCUGCGGCUGGGGAGGGGGCUGCCUCCUUGGUCCCCCGAGUCUCGGAUCUCUUCCCAGAGAAGUCAGCUUGGCUAUCCUGUGCCCAAUGCCAGCGAUGCUUCCUGAACUGUGCCCCUGAGACUGCCCAGAAGUGAAUCAGAGCCACCUCUCCUGUCAGCCUGAGGCUCAGGCUGUUGAGUUUGGGUCUGGCCUAGGGGGUUUCUGCUUUUGGGGUCCCCCUUCUCUACCCUCCAGGAGGGCUCUGCCUCAGGGAUUGUGAAACAAAAUAAGCAAAGCAGACCUGGAGCCCUCAGGGAACAAAAAGUCAUCUCCACAUCAGACUCUUAGUCCUUCCCUUUUUUUCCCCUGCUCCACCCACUCCCCUAAUUGGGUCUUUUUGGCUUAAGACGCAGCCCUUUCCCCUGAUCUCCCCACCCUCUUGGGGUCAUGGGAAGGAGGGCAGCCAGGGGUGUCUCCCGAGAGGACAGCUACUGCUGGCGGAGGUGGAGUGUGGAGGAAGGGGCUUCUUAAAGCAUCCCAUUCCUACAGAGGCAAGCCUCAACUCCCCCCACGACGCCUUGUGAAUGAAACAAAGAGGAACGCCACUUAGACAGCCAGGCCCACCUCAGUGGUAAGGCAAGGGGGUCAAGACUGGAUCCAGGGAGGAAGCUGAAGGAAGGGAGGUGGGACAAAUCACCCUCCUCAAACUGCUGUCACGGUUUUAAAUUGUAAAGAAUUUAAAACAAUUUUAAAGAAUUUGACACUGUAAAACAA